GGCCCAGCAUCUGUGGGCCCAGCACUUCGAAAUUUAUGAAAAAAGAUGUUGCGGAAAGUAGUACUGGGCUCGGGGAUAGUGGCGCUCAUUCCCACAGUGAAUGCUGCCAGCCCAGUCCAAGAAGCUGCUGGACCGAAAAAGCCUCCUCCGAUGAGGCUUUCGGAGUUGCCCAUCUACGACGCGCCCCAUGCUGAUUACAACGAGUAUCUCGAAACUAAGGAGAAGGAAGGCAAAAGCAGCUAUAUGAGAUCCGCACUACAUCCACCAGUCCAGGCUGUCAGGGAACAAUGUCAAAGUGUGUGGUCACAGACUGAAUCCGUGAAAAAUGUAAUCAAAGAUAAUUACAAUGAAUUCAGCGACCGGUCAGAAUGGAUAGUUCAAUAUUUAAGAGAAGAAGAGAAUAAACAAACUCGAUAUGGAGCUGUGGCAAUGGGUGGCCUGACAGGUUUUAUCUUUGGCCUGAGAGGUGGAUUCAUUAGGAGACUAUUCUAUGCUGGCCUUGGAACCACAGCCAUGGGCUAUGUAUGUUUCCCAGAAGAAACUAAGGAGAUAAUGAGUGAAAACUCAACUCUGUUAAAGCAAUACAUAAACAUUGCAUACAACUUUUUAUAUGGUGUGAAACCAGGAGAUCCACAGCUGGAGGUUAAGUUUCCAGAGCUGUCUAUUCCUAAAGACUUCUCUGAGUUUGUUGAUAUGACGGUAUCUUUAGCUUCGACUGUUAAGCAGGCGGUCAUGCCACCACCAUCUAAAGAUGCAGUCAGCAGCAAGCCAGAGGAAAAGAAGAAUUAGGGUAAAUAACUUCAGACAUCAACACAGUGCAAGGAUUUAAGAACAUGGCUGGUCGACAACUAGUUUCUGAUAUGAAGUGCAAUGAAAUCCAACAUAAUAGAUUCAUUCUAUUAUGGACAGUUUCUUAUUCUGGUCUUUGUAGAAUGUAGGUAGUUUAUUUAUUUGAACUUAAAUCAAUAACAAACUUUAGACUUGUUUGCAAUGCAACAAAUGAAAUAAAUUAUUUAUUUUAAAAUUGA